AUACGCUUAAAACCCUCGUACUGCAGUUCCUAAACCCACGAUCGGUUGAUUUUCUUGCAGCUUCCAUCUCCUCCGCAUUCUCGGCCGUCUCUACAACCGAACCUCCAUCAAGCCCUUAAAUUCUCUAUAAAUGGAAGAUGAAGUAGUCAUCGCUUCUUCAUCCAUCGAAGCCGGAAUCGGUUGCUGGGGCCUUCGUUCCGGUGCAGAACAUCUCCGCUACCGCUCAUGCGCCUCUCCUCCUCACGGCCUUGUAUCCGUCGCUGGACGCUUCCUUGCUUCCUCCCAGCUCCGUGAUUCUUCAUCAUCCUCUGGCUCCGUUCUCUUCUGGUCGUGGAACAAGCCUCAGGUAGAAGUUAAGAGUUUUCCAGCUGAAGCAAUCAAUCCUCUUGCUUGCAAUAGUGAUGGCACUUACAUAGUAGGAGGAGGAGUUUCUGGUCAUAUUUACUUGUGGGAGGUUGCAACAGGUAGAUUAUUGAAGAAAUGGCAUGGCCAUUAUAGGCCUGUUACUUGCUUGGUGUUUUCUAAUGAUCAAUCACUUUUGAUUUCUGGAUCCGAGGAUGGAACUGUUCGAGUCUGGUCACUUCUGAUGAUAUUUGAUGAGGAAGGACAACAGAGAGCAGGACAUCUGUAUGAGUACAGUUUCACUGGUCAUGCUUUACCUGUAACAGACAUUGUUACAGGCUAUGGAGGAUCCAAUGCAAUUAUCUUAUCUUCUUCUCUAGAUCGUACUUGCAAGGUAUGGAGCCUAGCUAGAGGGACAUUGUUGAGAAAUAUUGUGUUCCCUUCAAUAAUUGAUGCAGUUGCAUUAGAUCCAGGGGAACAUGUUUUUUAUGCUGGUGGGAGAGAUGGGAAAAUAUACAUUGCAGAACUCAAUGCUCAAACUACAUCCAACAAUAACAACAACAACAACUAUGGUUUGCAUAUCAUUGGCACAUUAUCUGAUCAAAGUAAGGCGAUAUGCUCUUUGGGUUUUGCAUUGGAUGGAUUUCAAUUGGUUGUUGGAUCAGAGGAUGGAAUGGUUCGUGUUUGGGACACUAAAACUCGUAAUAUCAUUCGUGUUUUUAAACAUGCGAAAGGUCCUGUUAACAAUAUUGUUGUUAUGCGACAACCAGCAGCGCUUUACCCUCGAACAGCAGGAAAUAAUAAUAAUCAAGGUCCAAUGGGAAGAAGACACGUGGCAUUACCACCUCCACUUGAGAAAUACUCUUCAAUAGAUGAACACUCAGAGCUUAAUGCAUUCAUCACUCCUCGAUCCAAUUCUUAUGAUGCCACCACCUACACCACUCUUCAAUCUAUGAACAACCAGAUUAAUGAGCUUCAGCAACAUGGUUCUUCUGGAGCUUCUGAAAUGGAACUGGAAAGACUAAAACUAGACUGCAAAAGAUCCAUGCAAAUGGUCCAACAAUGGAAGAAAAUGUAUCAAAAUUUGAAUCAAUUUUGUGUUGGUGAGCUCUUAAAUGGAGAAGGUGAUGAAACCAACUUGAUGCUCUAAAAAAUUUCAGCCUCUUCUUCUACUUAUGAUUUAAUACCUUCUUACCCGUAUUAUAUUUUUAUCAUGUUAUUCAAAAUUUUGUUGUGUUGAAGUUUUAUAUAUUUGAGAG